AUGUCUAAAAAUACAUUUAAAGAAUUGGUGUUAAUUGUAGGUUCUGCCAUUCAAAAGCACAAUACUAACAUGCGUGAGUGUGUUAGUUCAGAAGAAAGACUUAUGAUAACACUUAGAAAAAGGAACAACAAGUCUGCUCAUGGAGCUAUCAACACAACACCCAAUUUGAAAGAGGCCAGAAAAAUUCAAAGGGAAAAGAAAGAAAUCGAGCAAAGGAAAGCUGCCAAAAGAGCAAGAAAGGACCUCAAACUUGAUGACGCACUUAAGGAUAUCGAGCUAUUUCUACAACAUGAUGACGAGGAUGGGGCUUGUAUCUUUUGUAACGGCCUAUAUUUACAGUCAAGAAAAUCUGAUUUUUGGAUAAGAUGUCAAUUAUGCAACAUGUGGGCGCACACGGAAUGCGCCGGUGUUAAUAGGAGGGCUAAAACUUACAUUUGUGACAUCUGCAAAAAUUAA